GAUGCACAACAACAGCUCGGCAGCGCCCCCCUCCGCUGCUGCGGUUGGUCCUGGAACUUCACCACAACGUGUGGGUAUGUGUGUGCGCGUGUUCGAUGCUCACUGUCGUGUAAAGCCAGAGCGGCUUUCCCCUACUGCUUUCAGCAAGACUACGGAUCACGGAUGCAUCUUAGCUGAUGCUCCGCCGACCAUUUCCCAGCAGCAGCUCCACCGCACACCGCCGACAUUUUGGCUGUUUUGACUGAAACUAAAACUAACUGCAUUUACACCCUCUAAAAAAAACCCCCAUUUAUCCGAUUCGGAUCCGCCUGGCUGCUUUCCAGACGACAACAGCGGGUGAGCAGUAAUAAUGGCAGAGCAUCUGUCCCAGAGUGAGCUGGAUUACCCAUUCAAACUUCUGGAGUAUUUUAACGGCUUCAGAGUGUCCAAGGUGAUAUUUUCAGCCUGUGAGCUUGGAGUGUUUGACCUGCUGCUGAAGGCCCAGGAGCCCCUGAGUGCCCAGCAUGUUGCCCAGGAGCUGGGAACCAGCGUGGACGGGAUGGAGAGGCUGCUGGACGCGCUGGUGGGCAUCGAGAUCCUGGAGGUCGAGAAGACGGAUGGAACAGCUUCGUACAGCAGCACUGACGUGGCGAAUCUUUACCUGGCCAAAGGCAGCGCCAAAUCUCUUCACGACAUGAUCAUCUACCAAUCACAAACCAUCUACCCGCUGUGGAACAACAUGGUGGACGCUGUCAGGGAGGGGAAGAAUCAGAAUGAAAAGACAUUCGGCCUUCCAGCAGAGGAGGUCUUCCAAGCCAUUUACAGGUCAGAAGAGGAGAUGCUGAAAUUCAUGGGUCUCAUGAACUCCUCGUGGGUUCUGGAUGGACAUGACAUUGCGACAGCAUUCAAUCUGUCUGGCUUUACGAACAUAGUAGAUCUGGGAGGUUGCACUGGUGCUCUGGCCCGUGAGGUGGCAAAGGCGUAUCCGGCAUCCUCGGUCACAGUGUUUGAUCUCCAGCAGGUCGUGGAAACAGCUCAGAAGCAUUUCUCUCAGGAGAACGAUGCAAUUAUAUUUCAAGCUGGAGAUUUCUUCACUGGUGAAAUCCCCGCUGCUGACUUGUACGUUCUCGCCAGAAUCAUUCAUGACUGGCCUGAAGAGAAGUGCCUGACGCUGCUGAAGAAGAUCUAUGACAUCUGUACACCAGGCGGCGGCAUCCUGCUGGUGGAAGCGAUGCUGUUUGAGAACAGACGAGGGCCCGUCAUGGCUCAGCUUUUCUCCCUCAACAUGUUGGUGCAGAUGGAGGGCAGGGAGCGCCCGCCGUCCGAGUACACCCACAUGCUCAACAAGACCGGCUUCCGCAACAUUCAGGUCUGCCGCACGGGCAAGUCCUACGACGCCAUAUUGGCCAUCAGAUGAAUGGGAUGCUUAAGAAGCAUCUCUCAAAGGUCUGAGGGAGUAGAGAAAACUGAACUGGAAUACUUCAAGGCCUUGAUAAGGACAAGAUGUGUCAAUCUGUACACUGUGGGGGAAAUAAGUGUUGUGCACAUGGAUCUCCAGUUUAUGUUACGGUCAACCCCAGCAAUGUUUUCAAAAUUUUGCUCACAAUAUACUACUACAAACACCUCUGGAGAAUAGUUUUUAGUAAUACUUGUCUGUUAGAUUGGUGUAAUGUUGUUACCUUAAGCCAGUGGUUCUCAGACUUUGUCCAUCCUUCCCCACUUCAGAGGAAGAAAUAUUUUCAGCCCCACCUCAGUAACUUCUGUUGGGCUAGCUGUGCUGUGAUUUGCCGCCAGUCGCCGUACUAACAUAACUGAGGUGAAUUUCUUUGUUCCGCCGAUGUUAAACAUUACUUCCACAUGACUUUUCUCACAGGUUGCUUGCGCCACACCUGUGGGGCGCGCCACACACUUUAAGAAUCACUGCCUUACACCAAUCAAACAACAUAAAAUCCAAGAAUGGGUUCAGGUUAAAGAGCUAAUUUGACAUUUUGAGCUACACACCUUUUCUACCAUGCUGACAGCUAGAUGAAAAGAUUGAUACCACUCUUAUGGUAGUAUGCUAAAUCUGAAGCAACCACCAGCAGCAUCUUGUUAAUUUAACAUUAAGAAUAAGCGAAGCUAACCAACAGCAUAGUUAGCAUAAAGACAAAACUGGGCUACGCUAAGCAGCAGCUGGUUAGCUCUGUAAUUGGGUUAAUGUGGACGAUGCACAAGAGUUGUCCACGAUGCAACCACUGGUUGCUAGGGCAGUGUGUUUUCCCGGACUGGUUGGUAAUGGUUGCUGAAGGUUGCACUUGCUCGCUGGGUAAAAUUGGUUCCAAACAAAAAAAGUCCUGCACCAAAAACCUCCUACUGAUUGCUUUGGUUGCGGGCAGAUUGCUGCAGUUGCCUGUUUGUAUACAAAUACUCGUUAACUACUAGCAGAGAGGUGGUAAAAUCUGAAAAAGUGCGACGCAAAACCGGAAAUGGAGAAGGUUCUCCUUCGGAGUAAAAGUUGUGCCUUAGCACUGCAGCCAAACAUGUUUCACAAGGUUCAACCUUUACUUUGAAGGCGAGCGGCCUCCAUUUCUGGUUUGUGUUUUGCUUUUCAUAGUUUCACUACAGCUCAGAGAGUAGCUGGGCAGUGUCUGUAGACAAGUCUGUCACUUCCAUUCAUGCUAGGACUCCAGCAAUGUGCUAGCAACAAAAGCAAUCACAAGGAUGUUUUUGCCAUGCAGUCGGUGAAUACACAUAUUUCUCUAGCGACAGGUGGUUGCCAGGGGGUCACUGACUGGUCAGUUGGCCUGCGUGACUGGGGCUUUAGCAGUCAGUCUCCGGCGACUGCUGUCAACUUCCAGCAAUGGGGGAAUACUCAUUUUUCCCUCACAACCAGUGGUUGCAACAUGGUUGCAGACCACUCCCUAGGCCUGUGUGACUGGGGCCUUUUUUACCUGAUCCUACAUUAUCACUGUGAUGGUCACAUAUCCAAAAUGGCAGACAAGUUAUCAUCACAUGGUUAACGGUCAAACCUUGCACCUCUGAAUCUCACCUCUGCAGCUUUAAAUUUCUCCAGCUACCACCAUUAAAAUAUUUGUUUAUUCUGUACAAAAGUGUAAAAAAGAAAAAAGUAGUGGAUUUAAAGGCUCUCAGUUCCAGUCUGUUGUGUAAGCUAGGCUAUCCAGCUGCUGCUUGGAGCUUGUUAUUUAAUAGAGACACCUGAGCGUGGGCUCAGUCAUCAAAUCUGUACCUAAUCCUCUGUAAACAAGCAAAUGGUCAGUGCUGGGAACUGUGCACUGGGAACCAGUAUAGUAUCAGUUAUUUGAUGUAUUUUUGCACUGAUAAACAAGCUCUGAUGCAGAUACAGCUUUAUGAAGCCAAUACAAAUACUUACUGAAAAAAAAACAAAAAAACAGGUUACUGUAAUAAUACAUUUACAGGCUAAAUAUUAAUUUCAAACUAACCUAAGGUGUAGCUUUAUUUAGUUAGUUUUUUUUAAAUGACUUUCUAGUAGAAAAGUGUCAAAACUUGCAGCCAUAUGUUUUUAUUAUCACCUGGGCACAGCCACUUAUGGAGUUACUGAUCAUGUAACCAUUUUUGUACAAAGUUAUUUUUUUAUAAUCCUGAAUUAUAUUCUUCAGAUAUAAUCUGAGUAUAACCCAUUUUUAAAAUAAGAUGACAUCAUUUUGCACACUGUUGGGAAAAAGUGCACUCAAAAUAUCUGUUCAUACAAAAAUCAUGUAAACCCACCACAGCCGUCACUUUCACCAUUCUGCAGAGUAUUUUCUCCACUGUAUCCAAAGUAUUUGUCAUGUGUCAGUCUUAGUAGAGAAGCCGGUUUCAGUAGAUCUCACCAAGUCUGUGGUCUGUCUGUGUCUCGCUGUUUUGAAUGAUUCUGUUAUCACUCUGCCAGCAGCAGGAAGACGCAUCAGACUAAAAAGAAGGGAAGCUUCAUUUUGGAAAAAUGCUGACCUUUAAAAAAAAAAAAAAAGCUGUGUGAUGUGAUGUGUGUGAACGUGCAUGUGUUCCCGGGUUUCCUGUUCACUGUGACGAGUGGAAUAUUAGAAUCAACUGGACUUUAACCCUUUAUGAUCACCUCGGUUUACCUUCAUCAUUCCUCUGCUGCUAUAAUGAAGUUCUCACUGUGUUGGCUGGUUGAAGGAAGAAAAAAAAAUCACUCGGGUGCUGCUUGAAAAACUGUUUGGUGCAUUUUGUUUUUUUUUAAAUAUAUUUUUAUUUUUAUUUUUACGAUGUUACUUAGAGAUGCAUCAGGAAGCGAGACUCUUGCUUACACCGGAUGGGCUCCCAACAGCUGCUAAGUUCACACAUGAAUUAAACACGUGUUAAAGGAGCGGUGAGAUUAUGUUUUAUUAGUGUCUGUGUCACUGAUGAGAUGUAAAUGCAAAAUAACAAGAUGUGCAAUAGAAAUAUAACAUUUGUCCUUUCUGGAUCAGCACCCAAAUAGCUCAUUUUGUGCCCCACUAAGCAUGCAUCCUUCAGACACACAUCUUAUAUAUUCUCUACAAAAAUGUCAUUUUUAAAAAAAAUAUAUGUUUUUUUAAAUUAAAAGCCUUGCAUGUAAACACAGCCACAGGGUGGUGGGGUUUGUCCAUGCAGCUUACUAAUACUGUCACAGUUCUUCAUUUCAUGCUCUUCAAACAAACUAUGUUUCUA